AUGGAAUACGCACACCAAACUACGCCUCCAAUGGCGCAAAGUCCAUUUUUCUAUUACCAACCAGAGCCAAGCCCAGAGUCAAGACAACAUGGCCACUUCACCCCUCACCCACAGCAACCGCAUGGCCUUCCAAUGACAAUCGUGCCAUCGAGCCCAGAGCAGAUGAUGCACUACCAGCAGCAGCAGCAGCAGGCAAUGUACCACCGCCCACAAUCUGCGCACAUCUACUACCAGCAGCACGCAUAUGGACCACCUCCAAUGCUUACACCAGACGCUUCGCCUCGCCAACAGCAGAAACCCCAUUAUGUCAUGCAGCACGAAGCCCAUGGCCUAGUACCGAUCGAUACCGAAUGCCAUUACUUCCCAGCGACGCCCACUCUCUCAGCAUCUGGAUCAUUCAGCUCGGCUUCGACUCCUCCACCAACGUGUGACAUCAUCCCAACUCCAGUGAAUGGACAGAGCGUGUUUUUCGCCAAGCCACAAAUGGUGUACCAGCCUGCAGUGAAGCAAGGCUGUGAAGAGGAGGUGUUUUCUGAGGUGCUGGCAGGCGGUGACUGGACGCGCCCUGGCUCCCCGCCAAUGACGCCAGUGUUUCUCUCGCACCACAAUUCUGCUUCUGCAGCCAGCGGCACAUCCUACGAACUCGCAACGGGAUCCAACUCGAAGCAGGUGUCACCAUCGCCAUCGCCCGUGCCUCGCUCGGUCGCUUCCGAACAGGACGUGUGCGACCCUCGGAAUUUGACGGUCGGCAUUUCAAGUGCCGACUUCGCAAACGCGCCAUCUGCGGAUACCAGGGAGCACAUUUUACCCCUGAGAGACGAACAUCACGUUCAGAUUGCUGCACCAAGUGAACUCGUGCAAUACGCCGGCUACCCGACCUUCGAGCCCAUCUUCGAUCUCGACACUGAGGACGAGUUCUCUGGCAUGGUCGCGUACGCUCAACCAGACAUCAACUACCAAGACAGCAAGCGCCAACGCCUCGACCUUGUGCCAGGCCUCAUCGAGGACGACGGUUUCUUCAGCGACGAGAGCUUCAGCGACGAAGACGAGAUGGCACACGGCGGCUUCUCACCACUGUCCGAGUUUUCGGUGCCGGAAGACUCUGCUGCCGCGCAGUCCAAGUCGAAACGCAAGACCACCAAGAAGGUCGAGCUUGCCAUCAACACUGCGCAGUCGACUACUCAACAGGCCUCAACCGCACCAACAUCAGGUGCAGCCAGCACAACAUCUGACAACAACGACUCUGCCGCCCCAACACCAACCCAAGGCAGCAGCGUUUCUCGCCGUGGUCGCAAGCAGUCCCUGACAGAUGACCCCUCCAAGACCUUCGUCUGCACUCUCUGCAGUCGUCGCUUCCGCCGACAAGAACACCUCAAACGCCACUACCGGUCGCUCCACACUCACGAGAAGCCCUUUGAGUGCUCCGACUGCGGCAAGAAGUUCUCUCGCUCCGACAACCUGUCACAGCACCAGAGGACACACGGCGCCGGUACCAUGGUCAUGGGUGUUCUCACACAGCCAGGCGAGCACCAGAUGCACCAACAACCCAUCGAAUCCGUCAACGGCGGUGAUGCAGGCAGUGUGAUCCGGCCCAAGCAGGAGCAGCAAUACCCGCCACAACAUCUCUACCCUCAACAACAUCGAGUCAGCCCAGACGCCCACGAGCUCGGCUCGAUGCUGUUCGACGUGACCUCACAGAUGGCUGGCUCAAGCUCAAGCAGCGUUGGCUACUCCGAUGGCGACUUCAGCCCGUCUUCCCAAGACAGGAAGCCAUCGCAGAAGAAGCGCAAGCGGGAAGAAUAG